AAGGCCACACAGUGAAGAGGCAGCACAGACUUGCUUCUGGCCCAUUAGGAUCACCAGUAAGCUCCCAGACACCAUGGUGCAUUUUACUACCGAGGAGAAGGCUGCUGUUGCUAGUCUGUGGGCCAAAGUGAAUGUGGAGGUGGUUGGCGGUGAGAGCCUGGCAAGGCUCCUGAUCAUCUACCCGUGGACCCAGAGGUUCUUUGACAGUUUUGGAAACUUCUACUCUGAGUCUGCAAUAAUGGGCAACCCCAAGGUCAAGGCCCACGGCAGGAAGGUGCUGAACUCCUUUGGAAAUGCCAUUAAGCUCAUGGAUGACCUCAAGGGCAUCUUUGCAGAUCUAAGUGAGCUGCACUGUGACAAGUUGCACGUGGAUCCCGAGAAUUUCAGGCUCCUAGGAAACAUGAUAUUGAUUGUCUUGGCAACACACUUCAGCAAGGAAUUUACCCCGCAGAUGCAGGCUGCCUGGCAGAAGCUGACAAACGCUGUGGCUAAUGCUCUGGCCCACAAAUACCACUAGUUGCCUGGCCAACCAUGUUGGUGCCUGUCUGAGGGCCCAGUCUCCCUUCAGUUCCUGUCUUGAAGACAGAGCGAGAGAGCUCUGACUCCAGACAUAACUCCAUAUAAUUCAAAUGAAAUAAGAGUCAUGGUCUAUAUUGAGUGUCCUUGUAUUUUUUCUUUGUUUUUAUCUUUUAUAAGUUGAUUCAGCAAAAAAAAUAAAGCAUUCCUAUU